AUGGCGUCAAAUAAGAGUAAUAGUUUUCAAAAAACGUUGGAGUAUAGGAUUUACAAGUGCUCCAGCUUCUGUUCCACCUUCGUGCCUGAGAAUAUUCUCGUCGACAAACCGUCGGAUCAGACAUCACGUUGGUCCUCUGAACUUGAUUGUCACCCGCAGUAUAUUAUUCUCAAACUGCAACGUCCUUCUAUCGUCAAAUCUAUUAUUUUCGGCAAAUACGAGAAAAGCCAUGUAUGUAACAUGAAGAAAUUUAAAGUGUAUGGUGGAUUGGAUAUUGAAAAUAUGACGGAGCUUCUUGAUAGUGGAUUGAGGAAUGAUUCCACGCCAGAAAUAUUCGAACUUAAACACACUGUUGGAUCUGAAGAAAAUUUUUUGCCUCUCCGAUAUAUCAAAAUCCUUCCGUUGCUAUCAUGGGGUUCUAGUUUUAAUUUUUCUAUAUGGCAUGUCAAGUUAGUCGGCACUGACGAAUCUAUGAUUGUAAAACCUUGCUUGGAAUGGGUUAACAUGUACCGACAAAGGGAAAUAAUAAGACUAUGCAUGAAACAUUUUCGACGAUUGGAACAACCAGAAAUUGUGGAGACUUUGCAAAAAGUCACUGGGGUUCAUUUGGAAGAUUCACGAUUAUCGACAUUGUAUGAUCUGCUAGUCGUAAAGGGCGACCAUUUACAGGCAGAACGUUUCAUCAAUAAUGCGGUCAUGGUGGGGCUCUUAAACGAUUAUAUCAAUGCUCAAACUUAUAGAGCAAGUUGGACGAAGAUAACUUCCAGCGAUCCCAAGCCUGGGAUGCGAGGAGGUCAUCAAAUGGUGCUUGAUCCUACGGCCGAGGUACUCUAUCUUUUUGGCGGAUGGGACGGCAACCAAGAUCUUUCCGACUUGUGGUCGUACGAUAUUGCGGUCAGCAAAUGGACGCUCAUAUGCAAGGAUACUGAAGCAGUGGGUGGUCCAUGCGCACGCUCGUGCCAUAAAAUGUGCCUAGACCCGAAAAGACGGCAACUGUUCACACUUGGAAGGUACUUGGACACGCAAUUCAGAACCUGCGAAAAUCUAAGAAGCGACUUUUAUGUUUACGACAUCGAGUCCAACAAGUGGACGUUGAUCACAGAAGACACGGGAGCCGUGGGUGGACCUCAGCUGAUAUUCGACCAUCAGAUGACGAUGGACGUAGAAAAACGUACCAUCUAUGUUUUUGGUGGACGAGUGUUGGUUACUCCGUCGAAUCCAGAAGAUCAUAGUAUAAUGCAUACAUCAUCAGAACCAGUUUUCUCGGGAUUGUAUUCUUAUCAUGUGCCGACUGGAACUUGGGACAAGCUCGCCUGUGAUACUGCUGAUAAGAGCUCACGUGACGUACCAGGCUACCGAUCUCGAGCUGGUCACUCCAUGCUGUUUCAUCCGGGGUCGAGAAAAUUAUACGUAUUCGCGGGCCAACGAGGCAAAGAAUAUCUGAGUGAUUUUUUCACUUACGAAGUGGACACGCAUCAAAUCGAGUUUAUAAGCCCGAGCGAGUUUAGCACGAAGGACUCUAAUCAUGUACCGGCAGCUGGAUACACACAAAGAGCGACUAUCGAUCCCAAGCUUGGCGAGAUUUACGUGCUGUCGGGUCUGAGCAAGGACAAAGAUAAGAGAGACGAUAAUGUGCAAAAUUCCUUUUGGGUAUAUAAUAUCCAGAGCAGUAAAUGGACUUGCAUAUACCGCAACGAGAACGCCGGCGAGAAGUAUUGGAGCAAGAUGCAAGAUUACGAACCGUGCCCGCGAUUCGCGCAUCAGAUUGUUUACGAUCAUACUAGGAAGGUUCAUUUUCUAUUUGGUGGUAAUCCAGGCAGAUCUUGUUUUCCAAACCUGAGACUCGACGAUUUUUGGCAAUUGGAGCUACGCCGUCCUACGCACGAACAGAUCCUGAAGAAGUGUAAGCUGAUUAUCAGGAAGCACAAAUUUCAGGAACUUGCUCUGAGCAACAGCAUAGAAGCCCUCGAAUAUUUACAGACGAGAGUCUUUGAGAUUAUCGAUCACAAUGAUGCGCAACAAACGAAAGAGUUUCAAUCGUUGACUUCAGUUUUAUUCCGAGAGCGGAACGUUGCAUUGGUGAAUACUUCCUAUCCGGAUACAUCUAACGACAUCCUGAGUAAUCUGGCCACUGGCGUGAUGCAACAACAGUGUAUGAAGUCACGUAACGUACAUAAUUUGAGAACCGAACUGUACGACGAACUUGCGAAAUUCUUUCCUGAGUCGUUGGCCCAGCCGCGGGCAAACCUGAUCGAUCUCUUGCCGUUAUAAUGCAACAGCAGCUGCGAGACGACGGAUUGUUCUGACGUAUGUUGCAUCUUCUAUUCUGUUUUUAUUAUUUUCGGCCACUUGCCGACAAAAGCACUUGUUGCCAAGCGAUCUUAUAUUUUUGUUUAAGAUUAAAGAUAGCUUUGUCACGAUAUGACUUGCUUUUUAUUUUUAUUAAUUUUCUAUUUUGGAUUCACUACUAAUCGCGGGAAACGGCUUAAUUAAGUUAACUAGACGAUGUUUAGUUAAUGUUAUUUUUCAUAUUCUAUUUGACAGCCCACUGUUUUCACAUGAUUUUAUUUAUUUCGUUAUUAUGUAUACGUGUAUGUAUUCGCAAUAUUAUUGUUAGAUUUUUUCUUUUUCUCGCAAAUCGCGUUUGUUCGAGGAUAAAAGUUUCCGGACAAAGAAUCUAUAUGUUACUUUAUCUAUUAUUAUCUGAGAUCGACUUUCUUCUUCUAUGAACUUUGUGAUAUCGAUAGCUUUCUAACCAUUGACUGGUUAGCUAAUGCAUAAGUAGUUGUAUCGGUUUUAUAAUCUCUCUUAUAUUCUGUAACUUAUAUGUUUAUAACGCGGCCAUGAAGUUAUUGUUAUGUUUGCUAAAGUAAUAUAUAUAUUCAUCGAACAAAUCGAAAGAACUAUUGAGGUAAGACUAGAUAAUAAUGCGCUGAGAGAAUUUGUGACAUCGAGAGGGCAAUUGUAUCCGUGUGGAGUGUUACAAGCCAUCACGAACUACAAAAACAUAGCAAAUUUUUUUCCAUUUUCAACGAAGCUUUCGAUAAGACAACCCUUUGCCAGCCAAAUUCUUCAGAUGGAAAUUUGCGAAAGAAGAAUUUUAUUGCUAUGUCUAAUAAUGUUCGUGGAGGCAAACUGGUAACAGUGCAUAUGUAUAUCGCCCAGUUCCGUCGAUCCUUUCUCUCUCUUAUGAAAUGUCUUUUUAAUCGACCAAUAGUUCUAAUUAUCAUUAUCUUUUUCGUUUGCAAUUUGAUAUUAAGUUCGCUCAUCAGAAAUUCCUUCUAACAAUAAGCAUGAAACAUGGAAUCUGAAAAUGUAUUACAUCUGCAAGUAUUAACUGCGAGCUGAUACGUUGCAGUUGAAUCCUUUUCGAUUUCUUAUGAUGUUUCUAGCUUUUUUUUUCUCCCCUCUCUCCUACAUAUAUUUUUACACACCUAUCAGUUAUAAACAACAUUCAUUAAUUUACGACAUAUUUCACAAUAGAAAUUACGCACAAGUUACGGCAUACUUCGGGAAUUCUGAGUUUGCGUCACUAUGUAAAUAUAAUAUAAUAUUUCAGCUAUCAUGAUUUUCCUUUCCAUCGUAAUUGCCUUACGGUGCGCUCGUUUUACCGUUUGACGGCCGAUAUUUUGUAUAUAGCGAUGUGUUGCACUAAAACUGCAAUCAGUCUCUCGCGUAGGAAGUUACGAAAUAAGAAAGAGAUAAGUAUAAGCGAGAAUAUAAUGACGAUUAUAUGCAGAUGCAUUGCAGAGCGUAGGUGAAACAAAAUUGCACCCGCUGAGAAAUCCCAGAGGCGUGUCUUUGUACAUAUAAUUGUAACGAUUUAAGGAACGUCAAAGAUUUUUAUAAUGUGAUUCCAAUUACGUACUAAGUUAGAUAAUGGAAUUGUACAAAAAGAUACGAGAGAGCGAGAGAUAUGUAGAGAGACGAAUGACCGAAGUAUAGAGAGACAAGUGUAUGAAGCUUUCGCUAGAAUAAAUCAACACAAUGCCGCCA